AUGGCUUCUAUGCCCACCAUGAACGCCAUGGGCGGGCCGGUGAACGCGCCGAUGAACAUGAUGAACCACGCUGGCGGUGCCAUGGCCGCGCCACAGCCCACAACAGUCCCUCCGCGUCAAAAUCCUCCUCCACAUACCCAUACCCUGGAGGCUGGUCGCACUCUUCUCAAUACCUAUAUCUAUGAGUAUUUCAUCCGCUAUGGCAUGUUUGACUGCGCUCGCGCCGUCUACCAGGAAGAUCCCCACAUCAAUGUCAAGAAGGACAGCCCGGGGAAGAUGCGCGACGAGAACGGGAAUAUCAUCGGUAACGGCAUGGGCGACGAUCCCAUGGAUACAGAUUCCAAGGACGGCAUCGACCCGAAGCGCCCGAGCGAUCUUCCCGCUCCGAACGUCCCGACGCCGGUACCCGACAGCUGCUUCUUGCUUGAGUGGUUCUGUCUCUUCUGGGAUAUGUUCAAUUCGCAGAAGGGCAAGGGGUCGAAUGGCCAGGUGAACCAAUACGUUCAACACACACAGUCGCGUCUUCGGCAGGAACAACAACGAGACAUGCUUCGGCAAAUGCGCCCCGACAUGGCCGCCCAGCAAUCGUUCCAGCAGCACCUUAUGCGGGGUAUGCCGAACGGCGCGAUGAAUAUGGCAAUGAAGCCGGGUAGUCUGCAGAGGGCUGCCAUGGCUAACAGCCAAAACCCCCAAGCGAUGCAGAUGCUCCAGCAGAAAGCUGCCCAGAUGCAGCGCGAUCCCUCUGGAAUGGAUGGUAAUCAGAGACCCGCUUCGCCUAGCACGGCUGAGAACGCUCCUUCGCCCUCAAAACGGCCGCGACUUGAUAGCGGCCCUGGUCCGUUCAACCCGAAUCAGGCCGUUAUGAUGCCGACCGGUCGGCCGGGGCAAGGCAUGCCUGGACAGCAGCAGGUAGGGAACGGCCCUGACACAGCACGCGCACUGCUCCUUCAGCAUGGCAUCAACCCAACGUCGCUGAAUCCUCAGCAGCUUCAGGCCUUUGCCUCCGCAGUACCCCACGUACAAGCCAAGACUCUUGCGGCGUAUGCGACUAACAUGUCACAGCACCAUGGUAACCAGAUGCCUAACAAGCCCAUGGGCAACGUCACCGGUCCCCAAGCUCAGGGCUCGCCAAUGGUGGGACCCGGACCCGACGGUAACUCGCUGAGCCAGUACUACAACCCGGGUGAGAUGGGCCCUGGCGGCAUGCGGCCCGCUGGUGCCAACGGCCAGACUGGCGGCAGCAAUCAUGCCCUGCAGGAUUACCAGAUGCAGUUAAUGUUGCUUGAGCAGCAGAACAAGAAGCGCCUGAUGAUGGCACGCCAGGAGCAGGAUAUGAACACGGGCAGCAUGCCGCGCACCGAUGGUCCCGGCGGCCCAGGCGGUCCUGGUGCUCCCGGUGGCCCUGGUGCCGCGCCCGGAGGCCCCAAUGCCCCAGCUUUUCAGGGCACAUCCCCUCCUGGAGGCCGGACCGGCGCCUCUCCGAACCCUGCUGACCAGAUGAAGCGUCCCGGACAGCAGCUGAACAACCCUGCCAACAUGGGAUCGCCCCUUCCCGACGGUGCUGGCCAGCAGCGGAGUUCACCUAACGCCAUGAACUUUAUGGGCACCGCAAACAUGGACCCGAACGCUGGGCCGCAUUUUGGCAUGAACAUGAACAUGGCCCAAAUAAAUGGAAGCAUGCGCCCUCCCAGUUCUCAUCCCCAGUUUAACGGUCAGAUGAACCCUCAGAUGAUUGCUACGCAGCGUCAGGCGCAACAGCCCGGUGCCCAGGGCGCGCCCGGUAUGCAGUGGCCGCAACAGGGAGGCCCGAACGGGCAGAUGACGGGGCAGCCGCCGCAGCCACAGCAGGUUCAGGGAACGCCGACGCCCGCUCAACGUGCCAUGCCCCCGCCGGCCGCCCCGGCCGCCAAUAACACUACCGCUACGACUGCCCCUAAUCAGGCAAACGCCAGGGCAACCGCAUCUCCUCAGGUCAGCAAUGCAGCCCCCCCCACGCCCCAGCCGGCAGCCAAGCCGCCACCGAAAAAGAAAGAAACCAAGACGGCUAAGAGCAAGACUGACGCGACGCUCAAGGCUGCUGCGCAAAAGAAGAGCAACCCGAACCUCAACAACGCUGGCGCUACCCCUGCCCCAGAGCCUGACGCUCCCCAGGAGGCCCCGACCCCUGCGACGCCGAUUACGCCGGUCAACCCAGGCAACUUCGUUAAGAACCAGCCGCAGAACCCCAACCCCGCCGGUCAGGUCGUGCCGAACGGACAGCCGCCUGCUCCCCAGCAGCAACAGCAAGCACAAGCCCCUCCUCAAGCAGCUCCUGUGCAAGCGUCUCAAGCUCACAACCCCGAUCCCAACCAGACUAAUUUUGUCGACGCUGAGACGAUGCAGAAUUUCCAUAUUGACUUUGCCAAUCCUAUGCAGUCCGAAAACGUGAUAGACGGCUUCGAUUUCGAAUCGUUCAUUCAUGACGGCAACGGUGGCGAUGAUGGCACGUUCGACUUUGGCUCAGGCUUCUCGAUGGAUCCGGAUACCACGAUUGGUGCCGGAACGGACUAG